AUGAGAUAUUAUACGGCUUUCACCUUGAAGCGCGCAAUUCCAGUAAUUGCAUCAGAACCGGACCAGGAGAAGCAGGUGUCGAAGAUCGUGGCCGCUUCGGUGCCACCUAUUGAAGUAAUCAGCGAUACCCCUGGAUUUGCUGUCGGAGAUAUCAAAGGCGCAGAUAUCUCUGACGAUAUUGGUCGUCAGUACUAUCUGCAAAAUAGGGAUGAAGAAAUCUCCGACGAGGAGAAGAAGCGCAUUCGCAGAAAAAUCGACCUCUAUCUUCUUCCCAUGAUGAUGGUCACCGGGUUCCUGCAGUAUCUCGACAAGUCCACUAUUAACUACUCCGCUAAUUAUGGCUUGAGAGAGAGCCUAAAUAUGCAGGGAACCGACUAUUCUUGGGCUAGCUCAAUCUUUUACUUUGGCUUCUUGUUCUGGCAGUAUCCUUCUCUGCUGCUGCUCCAGAGAUUCCCCCUCGCCGAAUCGAUUCAGCUUGCAGCAUUCUUCAUCAUCACCAACAUGUGGUACACACGCGAGGAGCAGCCUAUCCGUCCCAUGGCGUGGUACGGAAUGCGCCCCAUAGCCAUCAUCGUCGGUUCUUUGUUUGCAUAUGGUAUAGGCCAUAUCAACUCUAGCAUUGGACUCUGGAGGUUUCCCUUCAUCAUCUGCGGUGCCAUCUCAGUCGUAUGGGUGGUGAUUCUCUGGUUUGCCCUGCCCUCUAAUCCCGCCAGUGUCUGGUUUCUUGAUGAGCGCGAGCGUAUCGUAGCCCUCCGGAGGAUGGAGGACGCCAAAACCGGCGUGGAGUCCAAGAAGUUCAAGAUGGAUCAGGCCAUCGAGGCUCUUCUGGAUCCCAAGGUCUGGCUUGCUGGCCUUUCUACAGGAGCGGGAAACAUCCUUAAUGGCAUCGGUCUGUUCCAAAGUCUCGUUAUCAGAGGAUUUGGCUUCUCACCCUUGCAAACCGCCCUCCUGCAAGUCCCAACUGGUAUCAUCGAGAUCAUCGGUCUCACUGUAUUCUGCACUCUCGCGUCACGCAUCCGAAAUUGGAGGCUAGCACUUGCUAGUCUGGCGAAUGCCUUGGCCAUUGUUGGUGCUUCCAUGCUAUACGUGUUCGACGUGCACCAGCGCUGGCGCCUGAUGGCUGGAUUCUGGGCCAUGAUGGCUUUUAUCCCGUGUAGCUUCUUGCUUGGGAUGGGUACUAUCUCCGGAAAUAUCGCCGGCCACACCAAGAAAGUAACAGCUCAAGCCAUUAUGUUUACGUGUUACUGUUGCGGAUGCAUUAUUGGUCCCCAGCUAUACACGACCCCUCCCUACAGGCAAGGUCUCAGGGCCAACAUUGUCGCUUUUGCUAUCAGCUUCUUUGCUGGCGCCUGUAACAUCGCGUACAUGCACUAUGAGAACCGUAAGCGUAAGGCGUUCCUGGAGGAGAACAGGCAUCUCUUUAACGAAGAUGAGUAUCAUUUCCGUGACUUCACGGACAAGCAAAACCCUUUCAUCUUGAACGUGCUCUAG